GUCAAGUCAUGUCAUAUGCGUGAGAUCGAGAGCUGAGAGAGGAAGUGAAGCGCUUGAAUUGUAUGUACAUACAAAGUGAUAGGUGUGAAUGUAAUGUUGAAUAGGUUUUAAAAUGAUUGCUUUAUUAUUUUCAGCAUUUUGUUUACUUCCAUCAGCCUUUGGAGGUGGAGAAUCAACUUUCAAUCCUGUACUAAGAUUGGGUGAUGAGUUUAUUGAGUUAAGUAAGGAAGGAAGUUGGCUUGUAUCAUUUUAUGCACCCUGGUGUGGACACUGUAAACAGCUGAAACCAACGUGGACAACGGUUGGGCAAACCUUUGCAGUAACCAAUUCCAAAAUCAGAGUUGCUGUCAUUGAUGGUACAAAAAGUACUAGAGCAAUGGAUCAUUUUAAUGUUAGAGGAUUUCCUACUAUCAAAUUUUUUAGAAAUGGUGUAGCACAUACAUUCAGUGGGCCACGGACUGUAGAUGAGAUUGUGACAUUUGCGAAAAGGGCUGAUGGUCCUGCAGUUAAGAAAGCAUCUAGCAGCUCAGAAUUGCAGCUUGCUAUUAAAGAAAAUGAUGUUUUAUUUGUACUAACCAGAGCUGAGGAACAGUCUGGUAUACAUACAAAAUACACAGAAAUAGCAGAGGAGUUUGUUCUACAUGGAGUAUUCUAUGAAGCAGCAAAGAAAUAUCUGCCAACAGAUGUCAAAGUUCAAGAUGAAGCUACUUGCAUUGUAUUUAAGGAUGGCAACCAUUUUAUCCUUCAAACUGACGAUGGUGUAAUCACAAAAUCUGACAUGAGAAACUUUAUUGUAAGUGAGAGGUUUCAAGCAUUUCCCAAGAUAUCCAGGGAUACCUUAUAUCAAUAUGUAGCUACAGGGAAACUCCUUGUAUUGGCCAUAUUAAACAAAGGUACAGGCAACUACCGGCAUCCACACACAACAUUCAAAGAAAAUGUUAAAAGUAUAGCUGUGAAUGAACGAGAUGAUUUUCAUAGUGAUUUCCAGUUUGGAUUCAUGGAAGGAAAUCAAGAUAUAAGUGAUAUAACUAUGAGCACUAUAGAAGUCCCAGGUCUAGUUGUUUUAAAUACAGAAACACAAGUAUAUCAUAUAAUGAAUGAAGUUGUGCCAUCAUCUAAAGAUUCUAUAAAAUACUUUCUGCAUUCAGUCACUGAUGGUACAGCAAAAGCUUAUGGUGGAAACUCAUUGUUCCGGAUGAUAUAUCGAGUUUUCUAUGAAUUUGCCACAACAGCUUUGGCAAUUUGGAAAGCGCAGCCUGUCAUCAUCAGCCUUGUUAUCAUUCUACCUGGGUUCCUAAUCACCUUCAUUUGUUACACAAUAUGCACAUCAGAAACUAUUGAUGAAGACAUAGAAGAUAGUGACUUUGAGGAAGAUGAGGAUGGAGAUAAAUUUGAGGAGCACAAGGACAAGAAAGGAGAAGGGGAAGGGGAAGAGAAGCACUUGAAGGCUGAAUGAUUUAUCCAUAAAAGACUUGCACACAUUUAAUAAUCAGUUUUUUUACUCUACAAUAGUGUAGUAUGUUUAGCAUUCCCACUGAAUGGUGUAUGGAAGAUUAAAGCAGUAUGUAGUACUGUUCAUAAAUUUGUUACAUAAAUACAUAUGAACCAAAGCUUUAUGAGGUGUGUAUUGGGUGUUUCUCAUGUUUUAGUUCAGAUUGAGAUCACAUUCUUCAAAUUGUGAUGGAUGGAUGAAUGCUUUUACUAAUCAUCUUCAAGUCUUAAGUAUUGGUAGUAGAUAUCCAUGUUCUGUUAAUUGCUAAUGUCCAGUGGCAAUGCCAGAAGAGGGUCGAUAUAGCACAGGACAACUCUUUGUGGAACUUUGGAUUCCCAAGUGAAAGAAGCAAGAAGCUACAGCAUUUUUCUAAACUCUGCUUUAAAACAUAUUUUUACAGUUUGAUGUUGACUUUUUGGAACAUUUAGAAGUGCAUAUUCUUAACAUUUGCUCUAACCAUGGUGUGGUUGAGGUCGGUGUGAAGCUUCUGUCAGGGAAUCUCUGGCUCCACCACUGCUUCGCAACUCUGAAUCAUGUACGUAUCAUGUUGAAACUUAAUACUUGAAACCAUAAUUUGGAAUCUAGACACCAUUGCACUCAGUUGGUGACAAAUAAUUUGAUGUAAAUUUUUAUUAAUUUUAGUAGUAUUUUUUUAUGUAUGUUUUAAUGUCUAUUGUAGUAAAUGUGUAGGUCUCCAGAGCAGUGUAUGCAUCUAUUUCAGUUUCAUAUUGAUAGGGAAGAAAGAAUUACACAACAUGUACAAUUGUGUUCUCAUUUUGGGUAAAACAUAGUAUAGCGUGCUAGGUGUAAAAUCUGUGUGUGUGUUCAUGUAAAAUGUAUUUAAAUUAGGACAUUACAUUCCACAAAUUUAUAUGUAUAGAUGUAGUUUGAAGCUCACAAUUAUACUAUUUCAGAUAGUGGUAUUCAACACCCAAUCCUCUUUUAUACAAUAAAUAUAAACCUUGGUGCAGUAUGAUGCUUUAGUUAGUGUUAGUGACCAUGAAUUAUACAAUAGUUGUGUGAUCGUGUAACUAUUUUAGUCAUUCUACACUUGGUGUAUGAGCUAACCCUUUGGUUUACAAGAGGUACAUUUUUUUGUCAUAAUAGAAUCCUACUCCUACGAAUAUGUUUGGAAGCAUACUAUAGAAUCCAACUCCUAGUUUUCCAUUGGAAGGCAUUCCAAAAUCAAAUAUUUGUUGAUUAAAUUUAUAUAUGACACUUUAAAAUAAAAUCUUUUUUUAAACUACUGUAAAACCUCAAAUUGAAGCCCUGGGCUUAUUUUUUGCGAACCUUGGAUGGGCUUCUUUACAAGGCUACUUAUGAAAAGUAAGAGAGGGGCUUCUUUUCAAAAUGAAUGCUGUAAAUUUUGGGAAUUUGUACUAUAAAACAAUAAAUAAUGCCACUGUAACAUCAA